GGUUACAAAGACCAAAGUGAAAGAUUAAAAUUUUAUGUAUAUUUAAUAGAGUUAUAUUUAAAAAGUUUAUAAUGACAUAAUUAUAUAACUUUAUUGGUAAAAAUAUAUAUUAAUUAUAAUAUGCACUUUGGAUAAUCCAAAAAUGGAUCACAUAAUCUAAAAAAAAAUACAAUAUCCAUAUUUUAUUUAUAAAAUUUUAAUGGCAAAGAAGAAAAAAAAUUUUCGAUGAUCCUACAAAAUUAGUUAUUAUUUACUGCAACAAGAUUACCUUGAAAAAUAUAUAUUAAAAAUUGAUAUUAUAGUAUUAAGAUACCUGAUAAAAAAUAAUUUCAAUUAAUUCUUUUUAUUAAAAAUAAAAUAAUAUUAUAAUUUAUGAAAUAUUUCAUCCGACUGGCGAAAGCUUUUUUUGCUAUUACCAGGAAAACCCAAUUUGACAUUUCAGGACACAAAUUUUCAAAUGAUGUCGACGGAGGCUGGGCUUGGUUCGUUAUGCUGGCCACUUUUAUCAGCUGUUUUAUGACGGGAGGUAAGGUGUUUGCUAUUCAUUUGGAAUAUAUUAUGCUGAAUAUCUAAAACUCUUUCCUAAUGAGGCCGUGCUUAUUGGAUUUCUUACAGGAAUUCCAGGCUCCUUGAUAUUUUUUGUUGGUCCUCUGGGAAUCUACAUGUCUAACAAAAUAGGAUAUUGUUUGACAUUGCUUAUUGGUGGUCUGUGCGGGAUAGUCGGCUUUAUUCUCUCUGCAAUAUUGAUCCCCAAUCUCUACUUCUUGUCCUUCACGCAGGGAAUACUGAUAGGAUGCGGUAGUGGAAUUAUUAUGACCCCAUCAGUGUGUGCUAUUGAAUUAUGUUUUCAGAAAUACUAUCUUAUGGCACAUUCCUUAAGCAUAAGUGGAAUAGCUUCGGGUUACAUAAUUUUUCCAUUAAUAUUUAGAUUCCUCAUUGAUACUUACAAUAUAAAGGACUCUUUGUUCAUAUCAGGAGCCAUAUUCGCUAACAUUUUUGUGGCGGCUUUUUUGCUUGUCAAUAUCAACAAUCCUGAUGGCAAUUCAAUUUCAUCUGGACUAGUUAAUAUGCCAUCACAAAAUAUUAUUAUUAAAAGGUUUACUAACAUAACAGACAUUUCCUAUAAGCAGGAUAAAUAUACGAUCCAGGAAGUUGAUGAUCCUCAGACAUCUAUAAAGAAAAGUAGACUUUGGCAUAAAUUUAUAAGCUUCCUUUUAUAUGCCUCGUUUGAACAAGCUGGAGCUAUGAUAAUUACUAUUAUGAUAUCGAAUUAUUCGGAAUCAUUAGGCCUCUCACAGCUACAAGGUUCUUCUAUGAUUUCUUUUAUAGGCUUUGGAGACUUGAGUGGAAGCAUGUUAGUACUUAUAAUAGUUCUUAUAACAGCUCGCAUUGAAAGUCGAAAUAAGUUUAAACUUAUAAACCGAGUUCGAACCUUAGGUCGUUUGAAUAGUUUAGAUGCCUCGAUUGGCACAUCAAAUAUCAGUGUUAUUUUCAAAGAAUUGCAUUUUGAUAAUAAAGUGGCAAAAAUAAAGAAUAUAGAAAGCAAAUAUCAUUUAAACCAAUCCAACUCAGCAGUCUUGAGUACUCAAAUCAAUUACAAGAAGAAAAUUAUAUUUUUUCAUUUAACUGUAAUUUUGCACUGUAUCACGUGUCUAGCUUAUUUAGUAGUCGAUAAAUAUAAAUUUUUUAUAUAUGAAACUCUAUGCUUUCUUAAUUAUAUAUUUGGAAUUCUUUAUGGCUGCCGAUUGGCUAUACUUACAACUUUCAUAAUAGAUGUAUUUGGUAAAGAAAAUUUUACUAAAACUUAUUCUCUAUAUGUUAUGUUUGCUGGGUUGGGAGCUCUAAUUUCUAUCCCAGUCACCUCGUGGAUCAUAAAGAUUAUCGGAACUCAAAAGUCACUAUUUUAUUUAACCUCAUUAAUAUUCACAUUUUGUGAAAUUUUUUUAAUCAUUACCACUUUUUAAAAUAUAUCAUAUUUUUAUUCAUUAUCCAUUAAUAAAUCAAGUUGUAGUGAUUGAACUCUCGUGAAUGUAUAUAAAUUAUCAUACAAGCCUCAAACAAUUAUUCUUCGCAUUUUGGUUUCACUUAUAUAUAUUUUUUUUGAAUAUACUAAUGUCCACAAUAAAAUUUUAAUUUAACUAUUAGAGCCUUGUUUUAAGCAUAUAUUUUAUCAAGAAUGCCAAUCCAUUAUUUAUAUUAUAACACUUUUAUUAAUUAGAUUCUGGAAUAUCUAUUUUUAUACUUAUACAACAUUAUUAAGCUGCAGCCCCACUUAUAAUGCACUUCUUAUAAAAAUACAAACGUUUAGAAGCGUACCUAGGAUCUCUUUGGAGAGGUGGAACGGGAGAUAAAUAAAUAAAUCACACAAUUUUUCAAUAAAUAAUUAAAUCCUAUUUAUAAUUAAAAUAUAGUUUUGGAAAAUUUUUUGAGAGGCUCAGGUGCCCCGACUCUCCCCCUAACCUUCUAAAUACGCGACUAAUUUAUUGAAUUUAAUAUCAUUUCAAUAUUUAUUCCAAUAAAUUUAAACGUAAAUAUCAUAAGUCUUAUCACUUAUAAUUUAAUUUAAUUUACAUACUUUUUUAUUAAUUUCUGUAUUAUAUUAAAAUUCAAAAUGUAUUUUAUAUUUCACCUCAAGUAAUAUUUUAUCUAAAAUAUAAUUUGCAUAUUAAGAUUACAACAAAUAUAUAAAGAUGUCAAUUUUGAUAUUUAAAAAAAGAAUGAAUAAAUGAUUAUUAUAUU